AUGGCACUCAUCCAGACUUCCCUCAUCUGGGUCGCAUAUGCCGUCGCACUUGCAAUCCUGCUAGUCGUGGCAUCCAUCUUCGUCUACCUCUACCAGGCCCCUCGCGAACGCUCUGCCGUCGUCUCAAUCGUCUGCAUUGCCACCGUACUGUCUCUUCUGGCUACCGUUCUGCUGCUGCCCGUCGAUGUCGCCCUGGUGUCCUCGACUACCUCUUCCAAGCUCGGCAGAAAGAAAGACUGGGCUACUCCUGAUGCUGUUGACAACAUCUUGUUCCAGCUCAAGAUCGUCUACUACACCCUCUACAGCCUGGACGCCGUCUUGUGUCUGAUCGUCGUUCCCUUCACCUACUUCUGGUACGAGGAACGCGAUGAAGUAGCCGCCGAAGAGGGCACUCAGACUGCCGCUGGCCGUCUCUGGGGUGCUUUCAAGUACACAAUCGCCUUUAUCGUGUUUGUUGUCAUCAUCUUCCUCGUAGGCUUUUUCGUACCUGUCGCCAAGAACAGACCGCAGAAGCAUCUCGACCUCGACUUCUUCAAGGAUCUCCUGGCUGAGAACCAUGGCGAGCGUGCCUUGACUUUCUGCGUUGGCCUUCUCUUGACCCUCGGCACCCUCCUCUACUGCAUCUACACAGCUCCUGGCCUGGCUCUCCUUCCCCUCACUCUGAUCAAGACCGCUCCUCGCGUCUCUGCUCCCACCUUGGCUGCCAACACAUCUUCUCAGCUGACGCAAAACCGUGAGCGUCAAAGACAACUCGAGAACCGCAACGAAGGCCGUGACAGCGGUCUCGACACUCGCGACCGUCGUGAACUCGAAGCUCUGAUCCGCGAGGAACGCACUCUUGUUCGCCGCGAGCGUCUUGCUGCCGAGGAUAUGGGCGAGGGUCAGAACAUUUUCAUCCGUGUCUGGCUCAAGACAGAGGCCGUCUUCAGACCCCUGAAGCUUCUCGGCGGUCUUUUGCUAAUCGUCAUUGUCCUCAUCGUCUGGGCCAGUAUGCUGGUCACCGGUGUUGACAAGAUCAAGAACUCGGUGUGCAAGACUGGUUGUGGUUACUUGCUUGGCCACAACAAGAUCUUCCAGCCCAUCAACUGGCUAUUUGUUGUUACCUCCAAGGUCUUCCCCAUCGACUAUGUCAUCUUCCUCCUCCUGACCCUUCUCUUCUUCGCUGGAUCCGUUGUUGGUGUUGCCACUAUUGGCAUCCGCUUCUUGUGGGUGAGUCUGUUCAAGAUUCGCAAGGGCCACACCGCUCCCCAAGCUCUCCUGAUGGGUACGGUUCUCCUCACAUUGAUUGUCUUCGCCAUCAACUACGCUGUCGCCAUGAUGGUCGCUCCUCAAUACGCCACCUUUGGUCCCCAGACCUACUGCGACAGACCUACUCAUCACCCCGAUGCACAGCCUGAUUGCAGUAACCACCACAAGGCCAUCCGUUCUUGUCGCGAGGCCGCCGACAACCCUGUCGCUCGCAUGGUCUGCACACCUUCAGUUGUCAGCUCCUUCCUGAACCGCAUCACCAUCAACUUCCCCUUCUUUGGACUCGUCGACUUUUGGGCUCAAUUCGCUUUCCUCGGCAUCUUCUUCAUUGUCUUUGUCGUCAUGCUGUUCCGCACUCCCCGUCUUGAUGAGGAACAGCUUGAUGAUGACCUUGCUGAAGAGGAGGAGGAAGGUCUUCUCGCCAGUACCGGCCGUCGUUUCGGCGCCACUUGGUCUGAUAUUACCGGACGUGCGACUGGCGUGAGAAGAGCCGACUAUGGUGGCACUCGUGGAGGCAAUUCUGACGAGUGA